AUGGCUGCGAAGCUGCGAGCGCAUCAGGUGGACGUGGACCCGGACUUCGCGCCGCAGAGCCGGCCGCGCUCGUGUACCUGGCCCCUGCCGCAGCCCGACUUGGUCGGCGACGAGGACGGAGCGCUGGGUUCGGGGGUGGCCGAGGGCGCCGAGGACUGCGGGCCGGAGCGCCGGGCCACGGCCCCGCCGAUGGCCCCAGCGCCGCCGCUGGGCGCGGAGGUCGGACCGCUGCGGAAAGCGAAGAGCUCCCGGCGGAACGCGUGGGGGAACCUGUCCUACGCCGACCUCAUCACCAAAGCCAUCGAGAGCGCCCCGGACAAGCGGCUCACGCUCUCGCAGAUCUACGACUGGAUGGUCCGUUACGUGCCCUACUUCAAGGAUAAAGGCGACAGCAACAGCUCGGCCGGCUGGAAGAACUCCAUCCGGCACAACCUGUCUCUGCACACCCGCUUCAUCCGCGUGCAGAACGAGGGCACAGGCAAGAGCUCCUGGUGGAUGCUGAACCCCGAGGGCGGAAAGACGGGCAAGACCCCGCGGCGCAGGGCCGUGUCCAUGGACAACGGGGCCAAAUUCCUGCGCAUCAAGGGCAAGGCGAGCAAGAAGAAGCAGCUGCAGGCACCCGAGCGAAGCCCAGACGACAGCCCCCCGGGCGCGCCAGCCCCAGGGCCCAUGCCUGCCGCGGCCAAGUGGGCCACGAGCCCAGCCUCGCACGCCAGCGACGACUACGAGGCGUGGGCCGACUUCCGCGGCAGUGGGAGACCCCUGCUCGGGGAGGCAGCUGAACUGGAAGACGACGAGGCCCUGGAGGCCCUGGCGCCGUCGUCGCCGCUUAUGUACCCGAGCCCGGCGAGCGCGCUAUCGCCCGCGCUGGGUGCACGCUGCCCGGGGGAGCUGCCCCGCCUGGCUGAGCUGGGGGGCCCGCUGGGCCUGCACGGCGGCGGCGGCGGCGGCGGCGGCGGCAGUGCAGGGCUGCCCGAGGGGCUGCUGGACGGCUCGCAGGACGCGUACGGGCCGCGGGCCCGCGCCGGGACGCCCGCCUACUUCGGCGGCUGCAAGGGCGGUGCCUACGGCGGGGGCGGGGGCUUCGGGCCGCCGGCACUGGGCGCUCUGCGCCGCCUGCCCAUGCAAACCAUCCAGGAGAACAAGCAGGCCAGCUUCCCGCCGGCCGCCGCGCCCUACCGCCCCGGGGCGCUGCCCGCGCUGUUGCCGCCGCCGCCACCCGCGCCCAGGCCCGGCCCCGUGCUUGGUGCACCCGGGGAGCUGGCCCUGGCGGGCGCCGCCGGCACCUACCCUGGCAAAGGGGUGGCCCCGUACGCGCCGCCGGCGCCCUCGCGCAGUGCCUUAGUCCACCCCAUCAGCCUUAUGACGCUGCCCGGCGAGGCGGGCGCGACGGGUCUGGCGCCGCCGGGACACGCGGCCGUCUUCGGGGGCCCCCCCGGCGGCCUCCUGCUAGACGCGCUGCCCGGGCCGUACGCGGCCGCCGCCGCCGGGCCGCUGGGUGCCGCGCCCGACCGCUUCCCGGCCGACCUGGACCUCGACAUGUUCAGCGGGAGCCUCGAGUGCGACGUCGAGUCCAUCAUCCUCAACGACUUCAUGGACAGCGACGAAAUGGACUUCAACUUCGACUCGGCCCUGCCGCCGCCGCCGCCCGGCCUGGCCGGAGCCCCGCCCCCCAACCAGAGCUGGGUGCCAGGCUGAGGGCCGCCUGCCGCGCGCCCCAGGUGCCCUGCCCCGCACCCCGCCAGGGGCCUCUGUCUUCCCAUCCUGAUCCCGGGGUCCCCACUCCCAUUUCUGCUCCACGGGGCGGAUCCAGGAGGCAGCCCCAACCCAGCUAGAGACAGCCCGCAGAAGCUGACCGCUGAGGGAAGUGGUAGGGAGGCGCUGGAGCACCCUGCUAUUCCUGCCCAACCCCCAGAGGCCCGCUCUGCCUCCUCCCAAAGACGGAAAGCCC